AUGCGGUGUACUGUCGAUCAUUUCAAUCCCAGGAAUGCUAACAUUACUUUACGAUACGUUUUGCCAAACGACACAACGGUGAUACAGUUUAGAAACUUCGAAACAUCCACAUUCGAUCGUGCAACGUUGAUCAAACACAUCCCGCCUGCUUUAGACCAUUUGGAAUUCGUGGACUCAAGAGCGCUGCAACGAUUCGUUUUGCCAAGCAAUGUUAGCAUCCGGCGGCUUACCAUGACAAAAACACAGCUGAGCUGGAUCAAAUUGCACCCCAACAAUGACGUCCGUGAGCUGAUCAUCGUGUCUAGCAAACUGCAGCAGGUACCAGCUUCAAUUCGAAAUCUGAAAAGUUUGGUUAAGAUCAAACUGCAACAAUCCUACAUUCAGCAGCUAAACCUAAACAUGUUGCAGUGGUUCAGUGAGCUGGAUUCCUUAGAACUGCCGCAAAACAGAAUACGGACAAUCACGAGCACCCUGAACAAUGCACAACGACGCAAGCUCUAUAUGCUAAAUCUGAGCUACAAUCACCUUAGAAUCCUCAACCUCGAGGUACUUGUUGCUGUCGGGUGGUUCAAGAAUGUCGAUGUAUCGCACAACAAAAUAGAAUUGUUGGUUGGACGAUUCGCUAGCGCCCACCUAUCUCAGAUUAUGCUUUCCUACAAUCGUCUGAAAACGCUCGACUUUUGUCAAUGGAAACUGAUGCCAAACCUCGCAGCAUUAUUGCUUAAUUCGAACGAGCUUUCGCGCGUACCGAACUGUAUGCACCAUCUGCCAGGCCUCGCCGAUAUUAACUUCAGCAGCAAUAAACUGACGAGUGUAAGCAUGGACGCGUUUGGCGAUAUGGAGAAUCUACUGGAUUUGGAUUUGUCGGCCAAUCAAAUUUCGUUGAUCACCUUUAGGGAAGAGAAAUAUCCCAAAAGACUAGGGGAACUAAUUUUAAGUAGAAACAAAAUCGAGUGUAUCAAUCCAGGCGAUAUGCCUUUCUGCCCAUUGGACAUUGAAUUUCUACCGAGCUCGUCGGACAGCGAAUGGAAACGAAACAACAAUACCUUGCAAAGGCAACUAACGAUCACAACUGCAUGA